UUAACAUUAUUUUUCCGACAUUCAUUUUAUCGGCGGAAUUUGGGAGUUAUUGUAUCCAAACUGUGUAAUAUUUAGGUGUUGGAUUUAGCGCAUCAAAUUAGCUCGAAAGCAACUAUUAGUUCCUUGAAUUUUUCGUUUACAGUUGAUUUCUAAUUCAUACUGAAGAUGUCUGAUCGCAAAGCAGUGAUUAAAAACGCUGAUAUGUCUGAAGAGAUGCAGCAAGAUGCUGUUGAUUGUGCUACCCAAGCACUGGAAAAGUACAAUAUUGAAAAGGACAUUGCUGCAUAUAUAAAGAAAGAAUUCGACAAAAAAUAUAAUCCAACUUGGCAUUGUAUUGUUGGUCGCAAUUUUGGAAGUUAUGUUACACAUGAAACGAGGCACUUCAUAUACUUCUAUCUGGGCCAGGUGGCCAUAUUGCUAUUCAAGAGCGGUUAAACUUUUAAUUGAUUAUUGCACAUGUCCCCUUCCAAUAUGCAAAAAUUAAUUAAAAAAUAAAACAAAUAUUUCACCACCUACUCUUACAAAAAUAAAUAUUUUUAUGAGCAUUA